UCUCAGUUCAGUCCAUACCAUCACUGAAGAGAAUGGUGGGGAGACUGUCCGUUUUCGUCGUCGGUGUGGCGCUCCUAGGAACAGCUUCAGCUUUGCUGAGGGUGCCCCUGUACAAGCAUGGCAGGCAACCAAAGGUGGACGGUGGCUUCAUCAUGCAGUUCGUGAGAAAACCCUUGGUGGAGCCGCUGAACAACUACAUGAAUGCGCAGUACUAUGGGAACAUCACACUGGGGACCCCUCCACAGCCCUUCGUGGUCAUGUUCGACACAGGCUCCUCCAAUCUUUGGGUGCCUUCGAAGAGAUGCUCAGGGACUGGACCUGCGUGUCGCGCAAACCGCAAGUACGACCGGACCAAGUCGACCACUUACUUCAAAAACGGCACCGGCUUCGAGAUUGCGUACGAAAGCGCCACCGUCAGGGGCGAACUGAGCACCGACACGUUCGCCAUCAGUGAUGUGCGCGUCCAACGCCAAACUUUCGCCGAGAUCACCGAGAAAGACGGCAAUCCCGUGGGUGUGGAAAAGUUCGACGGUGUCUUGGGCCUCGGCUACCCGCAGAACGCGGUGCUCAACGUUACGCCGGUCUUCGACAAUAUGAUAGCGCAGGGCGUUCUCGAAAAGCCCAUAUUCGCCGUGCACCUGAACCGCAAUGCCAGCGACGCUAACGGCGGCGAAGUGCUCUUCGGAGGCAUCAACAAGGACCGCUACACAGGAGACAUCACUUACGUGCCAGUAACCAAGAAGCUGUUUUGGCAGUUCCGAAUGGACGGGAUCAAAUUACCAAACGGGUACGUAUUCUGCAACGGCGGCUGUGAAGCUCUCGUUGACACCGGCACAUCCGUUAUCUCCGGCCCACCUGCCGAGAUCAAAAUCCUAAACUUUGCCAUUGGAGCCGAUCAGGUGGCGCCUGGACAGUAUUCUGUGAGUUGCGACACUCUGGAAACCUUGCCGAAGGUUACUUUCAGCAUAGGCAAGCGUGAUUUCGUGCUGGAAGCUAAAGACUACAUCAUGAGGGUCCCGCAGCGGAACGGCCGCAUCGUGUGCCUGAGCGGCUUCAUAGAAUCCGAUGAGGGAGCACCGUGGGUUCUAGGCGACACGUUCAUCGGCCGCUUCUACACGAUAUUCGACAGAGGGAACGACCGCAUUGGCUUCGCCGAAGCUCGGUAAACCGACAUGCCUGCCGCCACCAGGAGAAAUUUCAGCUGCGCUUGCCACAAUGAGCACUGCAAGCUGAUUAGUUGUCGAAGCUAUGCGCAGGAUCGUCGAGUAUGCAUAGAUGGGAUGUUAAAAUUCCCCAUGCUUUCCCUUUGAGUUACAUAAGUACUGCAGGUUGGGCUGUUUCGUUUCCGUUCAUAGUGAAUACAUGGAAUACAGAGUCUGUUUAAACGUCAACGCCUGGUAUAAGCAAACCAUAAUUAUAACUCAUUUGUACCCGUAGCCUACUGGACAAAUGUUGUAAACAUUUUUGU